UAGAGGGUGGUUGUCCUACAGGUGGACUUUCCUGUUUUUCUAACCAGAGGCUGCAUUAACAGGGAUUUGUGGGGCUGUCUCAGUGGCUGCCCAAUGCCAGCCAUGGGGGCGGGGCUUCUGCAGAAUGGGCAGGGCCUCCGCACAGGUGAGCUCCCCUGCCACCUGCAGCUCCUGCAGACCUGAGGCAGAGAGUCGAGGUCGGUCCAGGGAGACUGUUGGGGUUGCGCGCCGUACUUCCUCACUGCCAAGCCACCCCCCUCUCUCGUCAGCCCCAUGGUGCACGCCAAGCUCCCCAUCCUGUCCCUCCUCUGCGCACUCCUCAUGCUGCCCCCGGACCUGACCCUGGGUAAGGUGCACCUCACCGAUGCGAGGGAGCAGAAAGCCUUGGAAUUUGCCAUAGAGCAAUACAAUCAGGACAACCAGAGAAGUUCAGGCUAUUUGAAGAUGGUGAGCCGUCCGGGAGUACAGGCAGAGGUGGUUAAUGGGGUCGACUACCAUAUUACUGUGACGAUGGUGAGAACAGGAUGUAAAAAGAUCGCCGGUGAGAAAAAGACAUAUAUGGAGAUCCAGCAAUGUCAGCAACCUCUGGGGAAUAAACAAAAAAUAACUUGCCACUUUAAAGUCUCAUCCCGUACUCCGUCGAAUGAAAUGAAGUUGGUAGUCACAGACUGUGAGAAAUAAUAUAUUCGGAAGAACACCUUCUGCGCAGGCAAAGGAAUCUGAGGGUGUCCAGCAGCCGAGCGAGUUCCGGUGUGCAAGCUGCGUUCACGGCAAGCUUGGCUUCUUCUGACACAAAUCGGGAAAGGAAGGGUUCGCUUAAGCCCAAAAUUCACAUUUUCUGAGUUUCUGAAAUGUUCCUUGACAUACAUGGAGGCUUGUUCUUGCGCUUCUGUUUUCUAUAAUUUUCAUCUUUGAGAAGAAUCGACAUUUUGCUAGUUCAGUUGAUUAGUCCUAAUAAAGCGAUCAUCAUGACGCUCCGUCUUGUCUUCCUUUCUUGUCCAAAUCCCAUCCAGCCUUCCUGUUUUCCCAGCCGGAGCACAAAGACAGCCUGGCUUGUUCAAGGCAGCCUCUGGCUGGGAAGACUUUGCUCUGACCAGCUGGGGGGAACAGGGGUCUGCCCUGGGCUUUUCCUUGGCCCUUCAAGGUGGUCCUUUUGACCCCUGACUGUCCCACCUCCGAGGAGGAGGAGGAGGAGAGGCCAUCACAGAUCCCAAAGCAUCCCUGGCUGGAACUUCACCAUCCAGAUGCUGAAUGGUGAAGCAAUUUGGGUUAUUUUCCAAACUUCUGGAAACUUUUGCUGUGGUUGUUUGAUCCGUUUGACAGUUUUCAAAAACCACAAUUAAGAUUUUUAACAGAAUUAAUACUGCUUCUUUCCCAAAUUCUACUUCAAUUGCCAUAUUAUGCCAGUGAAUAUGCCUUGC